AUGCCGAACCAGAAGGGCGGCAAGGGCAAGAAGAACAAGCGCGCCAACAGCAGCGGCGACGAGCAGGAGAACGGGGCGGCGGCGGGCACCGGAGCCGCGGCGGCCGCGGGCGGCGGCACUGCGGCUGGCAGCGGAGCCGGAGCGGCGGCGGCUGGUGGCAGUGGGGCGGGCGGCGGAGCGGGCGGCGCGGCGGCUGCAGGCGGCGCGGCACCCGGAGACAUCAAGAACGAAGCCCCUUGUGCUACUCCACUGAUCUGUAGCUUUGGGAGGCCGGUGGACCUGGAGAAGGAUGACUACCAGAAAGUUAUAUGCAACAAUGAGCAUUGCCCGUACAGCACUUGGAUGCACCUUCAGUGCUUCUAUGAAUGGGAAAGCAGCAUUCUUGUCCAGUUCAAUUGCAUUGGCAGAGCCAGGAGCUGGAACGAAAAGCAGUGUCGUCAGAACAUGUGGACAAAGAAAGGAUAUGACCUGGCUUUUCGCUUUUGCUCCUGUCGGUGUGGGCAGGGUCAUUUAAAGAAGGACACAGACUGGUACCAGGUGAAGCGAAUGCAGGAUGAUAAGAAGAAGAAAUCAGUGUUGGAGAAAAGUACAGGAAGGUCAAUGGCAGAGUCAGCAGAGGAGGCCAAAAAGGGCAGGCCAGCCAACAAGCCACAAAAAGGCUUAAGUAAUGAUCUCCAGCGAAGGCACUCGAUGGACAGGCAGAACUCCCAGGAGAAGGGGGUCAUGGGUGGCAGCUAUGCGGUUCGUUCACCUUGUGUCUCUCCUGGCCAGUCCCCACCCACUGGCUACUCCAUUCUUGCCCCCACGCAUUUCAGUGGCCCUCGUUCCUCACGAUACUUGGGAGAGUUUCUGAAGAACGCCAUUCACCUGGAGCCCCAUAAGAAGAAUGUGGCUGGUGGGGGCAUGUUCAGGAAUGCGCAUUUUGAUUACGGAGCGGCUGGCUUGCAAGCGCAUAGAUCGGGACACUUUGAUGCCCCCGUGCAGUUUUUGAGGAGGCUCGACCUCUCUGAGCUGCUUACCCACAUCCCCAGGCAUAAAUUGAAUACUUUCCAUGUGCGGAUGGAAGACGAUGCCCAGGUGGGCCAAGGGGAGGACCUUCGGAAGUUCAUCCUUGCUGCUCUUAGUGCCAGCCACAGGAACGUUGUAAACUGUGCGCUAUGCCACAGGGUGCUGCCAGUGUUUGAACAGUUUCCGCUGGUGGAUGGGACCCUGUUCCUUAGCCCAUCGAGACACGAUGAGAUUGAAUAUGAUGUUCCCUGUCACCUUCAAGGAAGGCUUAUGCACCUCUAUGCUGUUUGUGUAGACUGCUUAGAAGGGGUUCACAAAAUUAUCUGCAUUAAGUGCAAGUCCCGAUGGGAUGGAAGCUGGCAUCAGCUGGGAACUAUGUAUACCUACGAUAUUCUGGCAGCAUCUCCCUGUUGUCAGGCUCGACUGAACUGUAAGCACUGUGGGAAGCCAGUAAUAGAUGUACGGAUUGGCAUGCAGUAUUUCUCCGAAUACAGCAACGUCCAGCAGUGUCCUCACUGUGGAAAUUUAGACUACCACUUCGUGAAGCCAUUUUCUUCAUUUAAAGUUUUGGAGGCUUAUUGACGAAAGCUUUGCUUUAGUAAUAGCUAUUUUAUGGGUAUUUCAAC